CUUCCCCCUCUCUGUCUUCACGAGCUCUCCUCCUGAAACCUGCGCGAGGCGGCCACUGAAGCGCGAGGCGACUUUCCCCCCCUCUUCUCCCCUUCACUUCAGUCAACAUGGCUACAGUCGUAACCUCGACCAGAUUCACAGACGAAUAUCAGCUGUACGAGGAACUCGGAAAGGGUGCCUUCUCCGUCGUUCGCCGAUGCGUCAAGAAGUCCACCGGCCAGGAGUAUGCUGCUAAAAUUAUUAACACAAAAAAGCUCUCAGCCAGAGAUCACCAGAAACUGGAGCGGGAGGCAAGAAUCUGUCGUCUGCUGAAACAUCCAAACAUAGUACGACUCCAUGACAGCAUCUCAGAGGAAGGCUUCCACUACCUUGUCUUUGACCUUGUCACUGGAGGAGAGCUGUUCGAGGACAUUGUUGCUAGAGAAUAUUACAGCGAGGCAGAUGCCAGCCACUGCAUCAAUCAGAUCCUGGAGAGCGUCAGUCACAUCCACCAGCAUGACAUUGUGCACAGGGACCUCAAGCCAGAGAACCUGCUCCUGGCCAGUAAGAUGAAGGGAGCAGCGGUGAAGCUUGCAGACUUCGGUUUAGCCAUCGAGGUGCAGGGGGACCAACAAGCUUGGUUUGGUUUUGCAGGGACUCCAGGUUAUCUGUCCCCGGAGGUGUUGAGAAAGGACCCGUACGGCAAGCCAGUGGACAUAUGGGCAUGUGGUCAGUUAGCCAGAAUUCACCUUUUCUGUCUAUUUGUAUGCGUGUGUGCUGUACAGUACAUUUAUACAGAUUUCUUGUGUGUGUGUGUGUGUGUGUGUGUGUCAGGUGUGAUCCUGUACAUCUUGUUGGUGGGCUACCCCCCAUUUUGGGACGAGGACCAACACAAACUGUACCAACAAAUUAAGGCCGGUGCAUAUGACUUUCCUUCUCCAGAGUGGGACACGGUGACCCCUGAGGCCAAGAAUCUGAUCAAUCAGAUGUUAACGAUUAACCCUGCCAAAAGGAUCACUGCCGACCAGGCCCUCAAGCAUCCCUGGGUCUGCCAACGCUCCACUGUGGCCUCCAUGAUGCACCGUCAAGAGACUGUGGAAUGUCUCCGCAAGUUCAACGCCAGGAGGAAACUUAAAGGAGCUAUCCUCACAACAAUGCUGGUGUCCAGGAACUUUUCAGUGGGACGGCAGCAUACCAGCCCUGCCGCUACCACCAGCACGGCCGCAAUGGCACAGGAAGCAUGCAAAACCCUACUAAACAAAAAGUCGGAUGGCGUGAAGUCGCAGGGAAACAACAGUAAAAACAGUGUAGUAAGCAGCAGCAGCACCAAAGACAGCAGCAUGUCAUCUUCAGCACCAAUGGAAGCCCAGACAACUGUUGUACACAACCCAGCUGACGGCACCAAGGGCUCCACAGAGAGCUGCAAUAACACGGAAGAGGAGGACAUGAAAGGUAGGAAAGUGGGUGUCUCUGAGUCUACUAAUACAGACAGUGCAGUGUUAAGCCAGUGCAGCACUACUGAGGAACAGACCCCGACCCUGUCUCCUCACUGCCCACCACCCACCUCUGGUCCCCAGCAGGAGGCUGCUAACAGCUCCAGAGUCCCUGUAGCUCAGACCAGUCCAGCUCAGAGCUCCUGUCCUGAACCAGAGUCUGCUCUGUCACCUCCCGCAGGCAGCAGCAGCAGCAGCAGGAGCAACCUGCAGCAGACUCGUAAACAGGAGAUAAUAAAGAUGACAGAGCAGCUGAUUGAAGCCAUCAACAAUGGGGAUUUUGAAGCAUACACGAGGAUCUGUGACCCUGGACUGACUUCGUUUGAGCCAGAAGCUCUUGGAAACCUGGUGGAGGGAAUGGACUUUCACAAGUUCUACUUUGAGAAUUUGCUGAGUAAAAACAGCAAGCCAGUGCACACCACCAUCCUCAACCCCCACGUCCAUUUGAUUGGUGAGGAUGCUGCCUGCAUCGCCUACAUCCGCCUGACGCAGUACAUUGACAGCCAGGGCCGGCCGCGCUCCUGCCAGUCAGAGGAGACACGCGUGUGGCAUCGCCGCGACGCUAAAUGGCUCAACGUGCACUUCCACUGCUCAGGAGCACCGGCUGCACCCCUGCAGUGAACGGACAACCCAGGCCCAGCUUUGCCUGAACUCUAAAGCUGUUUGGAGCAUUUAUCCUCCGUGGUCGGAUUGGUACCUGGAUCUUGGCCGGGAAGAGGCUGCUUGGAAAGUUGUAAAAACACAAAAGAAGGGAAAAUACAUUACAAUUUAAAAAAACAAACAAAAAAAUAACAACAACACACGCACACACCAAAAAAAAAACAAAAAACAAAAAAAGCGUAUAUCAAAAGCUUGACUGAAUGACCGACCAGCACCAAUCCAG